UUUGGGAAAGUUCUAUUUGAGAUCAUUAUGGCAAUCGGGGAACGAUGUCAGGUUAUGUUUGGACUACAUUAAACCGGAGAAUGUUGUAGUUUAUACAUUUAUUUUUCAACGUAUUUGUAACUACAUAUGCGACCCUGAAGAUUUUGGACUUUGGCGUUACCGUUCGCAUAGAACUUAAUCAUUCAUAGAUGGGUAGCAAACUUGGCACCGUGUUCGAGAAUGAAACUUUCAACUCCAAAAAUGGUCCAUGUGCUGUAUUUGAUAUAUUGCCAUUUAGUUCCGGUCAGAGACUAGUAGCUUUCAGAGGUAUUAUAACACAGGCACUAGCAGAAGGUCACGUGAUUAAAGUUUUCAGAGAGAAAACCGCAAAUGACUGGCACUCAUCGUAUCGACGCUGUUUACACUACAUUGAAAGUAAAGAAAUCGUCCAAAUGUACUUGCGGAAAAACAGAAGAAAAAUGAUAACUUUUCUAGAUCUUUUUUCGGCGGAAAUGGACCAGAUAUCACUGUUUUCCCGACGCAUCCGUUCUAGCGACAAACGUCAUAAACGCCGUCUGCGCGAUGAUGAUGUGGUAGUAUUCGAAAAAUAUCUCGGGAAAAACUUCGAAACUUUCAUCGAACGCGACGGAACGGUGAACACAAACUGUCGUGGUAAACUGCAGGAGUUCGUCCAUUUCGUUUACAACGAGUCGAAAGGGCAAGAAAUUGUGACGGGACUGAAGGGAGUGGCAUUAAAUCAAGGUAAAAAGUUCAAACUUACAUCACCGUCCAUGAAUUCUGUGGGGAUGAAAUAUGGACCAGACGAUAUCGGGGAGAGGGCGAUAUUGAACUUCUUUGCAACUCAUGAAUGUACGAACCUUUGUUCCCAGUGGCCAAAACCAGUGAUUCAAAACCCAUUCCUUGUAUCAGUUGAUCCGGACAUCCCUUCGAGACUUAGCGAUUUUAUGGAAUCGUUGUCGUCACAAAUAGACGCGCAGCAGUUUUACCUGAGUACUCCGCCAUAUUCCAGUGGCGUCAGCACAGCCGUGGUGCAUGGUGGGACAUGUACAGAUAAAAGGACUCAAAUAAACGACACACCGCCCCCGUAUCAGUCACAAUGGAGACUUGAUUUCGAGGACUGUACAACAGAUUAUAUACCGCCAGAACCAUCAGCGCCCCCUCUUUAUGAUUUAACUACCUGACAUUAAAAAAUGGACGUCAUCCCUGAUUUUUAAAAUACUUAAAUUACUGGUCUACGACACAGUGAUGCAUCGCAAAAAUAAUCAUGCGUUUUACCUACUAGUGCAAUAUAACAUGAUGUUGUCAGUCGAAACAAGCUAAUCUUAAAAAUGUAGAGGAGUAUACGUAACGAAUGCAGUGGUGACUCAACUAUGUGUUUUGUCUCGUGUACUGGGACACGUGAUUAAUGAAGACAUGUGAACCCGUUGGUAAUACUCUGCAAUAACUGAUAACAAACUGACAUGGUUACGAAAUAUAAACUUUCGUUUUACGCAUAUAAACUGCACAUCUCAUAGCUGAAUGCCUGUGUGGUUAGGUGUGUAGCUGGAAAAUAUACGCAGUUUUUAGAUGACUGAAAUGAAAGCUGUCAGACAUAAAUAAAGAACUGGCUCAAUUUACGUGUUAAUUAUUUAUUCGUGACCAAGCUAUACGGCAACAUUCUUUAUACAUGCUUAUCAGA